AUGCUGAAGCCCCUGAGUGGGCUGCUCUGGUGGUGGUGCUGUGGCCGUGCCUCGUACCGCUGUGGACUGUGCACCCCGGGUCCCCAGAUGUUGCGCCACCAGGGUCUCCUCAAGUGCCGCUGCCGCAUGCUCUUCAAUGACCUGAAGGUUUUCCUACUGCGGCGCCCCCCUCCAGCGCCCCUGCCCAUGCACGGCGACCCCCAGCCCCCUGGUUUGGCGGCCAACAGCACCCUUCCGGCUCUGGGUGCCGGAGGGUGGGCAGGCUGGAGGGGCCCUCAAGAAGGUGUGGGCAGGGAGACCCCUCCUCUGCCGCCUCCACCACCUUUGCCACCGUCUUCUGUGGAAGAUGACUGGCGUGGCCCAGCCACAGAGCCACCUGCUUUGCUGCUCAGCAGUGCCUCCUCAGAUGACUUCUGCAAGGGGAAGGCUGAGGAUUGCUACUCCCUGGGCAGCAGCCUGGACAGUGGCAUGAGGACGCCACUCUGCCGCAUCUGCUUCCAGGGACCAGAACAGGGGGAGCUGCUGAGCCCGUGCCGCUGCGCCGGCUCGGUCAAGUGCACGCACCAGCCUUGCCUCAUCAAGUGGAUCAGCGAGCGCGGCUGCUGGAGCUGCGAGCUGUGUUACUACAAGUACCACGUCAUCGCCAUAAGCACAAAGAAUCCUCUGCAGUGGCAGGCCAUCUCGCUGACAGUCAUCGAGAAGGUGCAGAUUGCAGCUGCCAUCCUGGGCUCACUCUUCCUCAUCGCCAGUAUCUCUUGGCUCAUCUGGUCGACCUUCAGUCCCUCGGCAAAAUGGCAGCGCCAAGACCUCCUCUUCCAGAUCUGCUACGGGAUGUACGGAUUCAUGGACGUAGUGUGCAUAGGUCUCAUCAUCCACGAGGGGCCCUCCGUGUACCGCAUCUUUAAGCGGUGGCAGGCUGUCAACCAGCAGUGGAAAGUGCUGAACUAUGACAAAACGAAAGACCUGGAGGAUCAGAAGUCGGGAGGCAGGACCCAGCCCCGGACUUCCUCGGCCGCGCAGGCCAGCGCCCCCCCCUUGGAAGAGGCGGCCGCAGGCACCCCUGCCCCCGAGGCAGGCCCUGCGCGGGCGGCCGGCCACCCCUCAGGCCCCCUGUCCGAUCACCACUGUGCUUACACCAUCCUGCACAUGCUGAGUCACCUGAGGCCUCACGAACCGCGGAGCCCCCAGGGCGGCAGCCGGGAGCUCGUCAUGAGGGUCACGACAGUGUGAGCGGGGAGCCCCCAAGCGGGCCGUGACCACGCGGGAAGGGUGGGCAGGCCCGGAGGGGCCGGGCCGCGGGGACUCGGGCUGGGGCGCAGGUGGGAGGCGAGGGGGCACCCCAGGGGCCGCGGCAGAGGGCAGGCGGGGGGCUGGUGGGCCCGGAGAGGCCCCGGGGGCAGCCCGUUGCUGGAGCGAGGCUGGUGCAGUUUGGUGAUUUCCAGUCAAAUCCAUUCUCCGACCAGAGCAAGGACAACCGACACACGCAACGAAGUGCAAUACAGACUGAACCUGAGAAGCAGUGAUGGAAACACCCUGCUGGGCCCUCACAGACGCAGGGGGACGAGGAGGCAAGGGAGGGCGGGGGCGCCUGUGUGUGCAGGGGCGCCUGCGUGUGCAGGGGCGGCGGGAGGAAUUGUGCAGAGGGCGUGGGAGGGGCGAGCACGCGGCCUGUCCUGUUUCACCCUUGGGCCGUUUUGGUUGCCCCCAAGCUGUGUUCUGAGCGUGGUUGUGGGGCGGGAGGGGGACGGGUUUGCCCUGGCAGGGGUCACACACAGCAUUUGGGCCCCUGGGCUCCUCUGAGUGGGCAGGAUUCCCGACUCAGAUGGCUUUGGGGACUCUGAGGCAGUGUGCGGGGAGGGAGAUGUUUGUGUGCGUGGCCAGGGUGUUGGGAUUUCUCCUCCUUUCCAAACCUUCCAAAUUGGAACUCCCAUUUCAGAUGGGCUCAAAGAGGGCUAAGGCUUGGAAAUGGGUGUCUUUUUGUGCCCUUGUUAGUUUUAUUUAAUGGUGAUUUGGCUCAACGAUGUUUGCAGGAAACACACACAGAACUAGAGAAAAGUACAGAUUCCCUGUGGGCAUUUCAAGCACAGUCCUGCUGCCACGGCCUCGGUCUUCAAAGCUGUCAGUGCAGGAGCGUCUUUCCCAGCUGCCCAACCCCACCCAUGGCCAGGCCCUGCUCGGUGCCAUGCUGAGACCCAGGGCUCCCCACGGCAGGGUGCCUCCUGCCCAGGGUCUCCGAGGGAGGCAUUUGGCUGGACGUGCCCCAAGGGGUGGAGGGGAGGCCAAUCAGUAUUCCUUGCUGCUCGGAACGUCCCCCGAGGGCAGUCUGGCUAUUCCCUCAGUGCUGUGUGCUCUCUGGUGCCUCCCCGUGCAGCUGGGCGGACCGGGGCCCUGCAGGGAGCACUGCCUGGAGGGCCAACUGGCUGGUUCCUGGGACCCUGUCCGGGAAGGCCACUGGCUGGUCACCUGCAGAGUUUCUCCUUGUCAUUGCACAAUGGCCGCGUCAUCCAUGGGUAUUAAAGGGACACUGUCAAGUACUUUUUUAAACUAGUUUUUAGGGUUUUUUAAAACUCUCUGUUGUUUGUAUUAUUCUCUUAAAAGCUUGAAAAUAAAAUUUCUUUCCCUAACACUAGUGUCCUUUUCUGCAUGUGAGUUUUUCCCUCCUCUCUCCUGCUCUCCUUCUGUGGUAUAAUUUUGCCUUCUCUCUCGCCCUGUAGGUGCGCUCACCCCUAGUCUUCUUCCUAGCAGGAAAUCAUUUAUCCUUUGAG